UGACUUGAGCGCGCUGGGAAGAAUGCGAGUUUACAGGAUGCGCGCUUUUGUCACCAGUUGGGGGUGGAGUCAGCGAUUGAAUGCGCGCUGCCUACCAAAUAGGAGAAAGAGGGAGAGAAAAACGACAGAGCGAGAGGGGGUGAGUGCGUGCGUGGAUGCAAGGGCUGCUGGAUGGAAAGGAAAAAGAAGAAAAAGACUUCAAAACUCGCGAAUGGAAUGUUUGUAACAGUUUUAGAUGCUCAAACAUUGAGUUGUAACGGAUUUCCUAUGCGUGGUAAGGAAAUGACCACGCGAGGAUAAUUAAGCGUUUUAUUUAUUUUUAUUUUUUUAAAUACCCGGAACAUAAUGAUAAUAAUUUGAAGAAUACACGAGAGGAAGUGGAGGAAGCUUGCCCCCUGUCCCUCUAUUGUUACCCUCGUUUCAUCUAGCGCUGCAAGGAUUCUUGUAAUAGCUUCACGUACUCAACUAUAGCAAGCAAACAAUUUUCUCUUUAAUUUGGGGGCUUUUACCCCCAAACCAUUCCCCUUCUCACAGUGUCCAUUUUUGUUUUUAAGAAGAAACUUGGGGACAUACGAGGAACAGAAGCAUAUUAUUUUAGCGGACAGUUACUAGUGUGGCAUUAAUAUUCUGCAGCGUUCAAAUAGGGUUUUGGUGGGGGUGAGAGGUGGCGGGCCUGGGGGGAGGGGGGUUUUCGCGAUGGAACUGGAGUUUUACAACACUUAGCUAGCAAAAUAUUUUACCAGGACAAUAUCUGCAAACAGUACACGGCUAUGUGUUUUUAAAAAAAUUUUCUUACUGGAAUGUCUUCAACACACAACUGCGUGGGACACAGGAAUAGAGACUAAGGAAGGGAGAGAGCAAGGGAAGGGGAAAGAGAGAUAUCGGAGGAUUAUGGCUCUCGUGGCGUUGUCUCUCUGUCUCAUAACGCUCACCUGUACGAACUUCUACCUGGUGUAUGCCAACCGACAUGCAGUCCACUGGAACAGCUCAAAUAUACAUCUCCGUAGAGAAGGCUACACGGUGCAGGUGAACGUGAACGACUACCUGGACAUCUACUGCCCGCACUACAACGACAGCCAGCGGGGCGUCGGGGAGCAGUAUGUCCUCUACAUGGUCAGUUACCGGGGAUACCGCACGUGCGACCCCCAGCUGGGCUUCAAGCGGUGGGAGUGCAACCGACCGCACGCCCCGCACGCGCCCAUCAAGUUCUCCGAGAAGUUCCAGCGAUACAGCGCCUUCUCCCUGGGCUAUGAGUUCCACGUGGGCCAGGAGUACUACUACAUCUCCACGCCCACCCACCACCACGGCCGCAGCUGCCUGAGACUGAGGGUGUACGUCUGCUGCUCCACCACCUCUGACGUGGACGAGGAGUCCCAGCCGACCCAGCCAGACUACACGCUCAGACCCAACAUUAAAAUCCACGACAUCGAUGAGUUUAACCCUGAAAUCCCCAAGCUGGAGAAGAGCAUCAGUGGCAGCAGCCCCUCCCGCGAUCGCCUGCUGCUCACCGUGGCAACGCUCUUCCUCGUCGCCCUCUCCGUCUCCUAGCACCCGUCUCCACAGCCGCGUCGCACCAGCCAGCCCUGGCAGAGCAGCGGGGCGAACCAGGGGCUCGGGCGCAGAGAGAGACGGGGGCGGGGCGGGGGGCACGGGGGGUGGGGGUGGGACACAGGCCACGCGCUGGACCAAUCAGAAGAGAGAACGGGAAAGAGUGAAAAGCGACGGGGCGAGGAGGGGGGUUGCGUGGUGAGGCGGGGCAGUGCGCUGGGGGGGAACUGCUCAGAACGGGCGGGGUCGCACGGACAACCGAACCUGCGCCUCUCCGCUUGCGCGAGUGCCAUGAUUCGUACACGACGCGCAUGUUGAGAUGCAUGUGCAACAUGUGACACGCACGUGUGGAUGUACAUACGGAGGGGUGUGCAGGUGUCAUUCAUGUUAUUCAUGUUGAAUCAUGUAUACCGCACCUGAUAUGUAUGUGGGGAAAGGUGGAUAUUAUGCUGCGUCAUGAACAGGGGGGGAUUGCUGCCAUGACCCGAUAGUGACACACAAUCAACCCUGAGGCUUCUUACAAAGAUAGGACUGGACACACGAGGCUCCUCCAGGAAUCUGAUUGGCUGCCUCCCUCAGUGACAUCAUCGCCCAGUGCUGCCUGGAAGACUGGACCAUUGCCUUCUGUUUUCUCUCAUCCGGAUCAAAUUGGAGCUGAUUGUGAAUGUGAAAAUCUACGUGGUUCCUGUCUGUAGCGGGUCCUACCAGUCCUGACUGGACUGUCCUGGCAGAUUUACAGGACCUCUGAUGUGAGUCAGACUGACAGGAGGAAGCAACUUGGGUGGAAAUGCAAAUGACUCAAUAGUGCUGUCACUGAGGUGGAGGUCUGUGUGUGUGUGCGUGUGUGAGUGAGUGUGUGUCUGUGUGUCUGUGUCUGUGCGUGUGUGUGUGCGCAUGUGUGUCUGUGUGUGCGUGUGUGUGUGUGUGUGAGUGAGUGUCUGUGUGUCUGUGUCUGUGUGUGUGCGUGUGUGAGUGAGUGUGUGUCUGUGUGUCUGUGCGUCUGUGUCUGUGCGUGUGUGUGUGCGCGUGUGUGUCUGUGCGUGUGUGUGUGCGCAUGUGUGUGUGUGUGUGCGUGUGUGUGUGUGUGUGUCUGUAUGCGUGUGUGUGUGUGUCUGUAUGCGUGUGUGUGCGUGUGUGUAGUGUGACACAGAACCGCGGAGGGGAUGGUGGGGCGAGAUGUGACAGGACAGGCGGCGUUGCCUGUAGGUCUGUACGCAGAGCGUGCUUCGCUUACGUUUCCCUGAGUUCCACGUGGUUUACUGUACUGUACUUUCUGUGCCAUGGUGUGCGCUCUGUUCAACUCAUACAAUUAGCGCUGAGUGGCCAUGGCCUACGUCUAGCACAGUUGCCAUGGCAAUCUGUCAGCUUUAGUACCAAGUCAACAGCUGUAGUCUGUUGUAUGUUACGGGGACCGGAUUUCAUUCCUGUAAUAUACUGUGGUCCUUUCUAUAGCCUAUCUGUUCAUACAGGUGCUGUACUCCGUACAUUUGGGGGUUUGUUUCCUUGGCCCAGAAUAUUUUUUUAAGCACCACCAGGGGGUGACUGGCCAGUUUUGCCCCGCAGGCAAACGCAGGUGUAGGUGAGCGAGUGAGUGGUGUCCGUCCCCUCUGAGUGCCGUCCCGGCCCCGUCAGCCAGCCGCACCCCUGCUUUCGCUGUACCAAAUCUGCGCUCCGCUGCCGUCGAGAGGGUCGCGUCCAUCACAAGUAGUUUAGCAAUACCGAUACGGGCGGCUGGGCGUUGCCUUCAUUUUUCAAAAGGGGUGUUUUCCAAACGCAAGUGUGUACAUAGGAGCAUCGCAUCAAACCCCAGACCCCACUCUGUACUUCUACAGCCGGGCCCAGGCAGAGUGUUGAGUGGAGCCUCUGGAAUCCACCAGAAGGAAGCUCCCUGACUUUGAGGAGAUGUAUUUAAAUAUAAAUAUUACUGUGUAUAUAUAUUUAUAUACAUGUUGGAUUGUUCUCCGAGGGGUUCGUUCUUCUCUGUCGGAUUAAACUUGGGUGAGGGAAUGAGGACACCUGGGAUUCCAAUGCCAAACUUUUUUUUUUUUUUGUUUGUCCGUUUGUUUGUUUGCUGGUUUAUUUUUCUCAUGAACUUCAGAACGUGUGUCAUAUGUGUACGUGUGCCAUCAGGUCCAGUUCACGGUACAAACACGAGGAGAGGCCUAUUUGCGUAUGAUGAAAAAAAGAAGCUCAAUUUCAUACUUUUACAUGAUUGCAAAAAGUGUAUGUAAAUAUAUACACAUACAAUAGUGAAAUAAAGCAUUGUUAUACGUAGUGAAUGCAAAAAAAAGUGCUUUUUGAUUUGGAGAACUAAGAAAUUAUUUCGAUUGGGGAUUGGACAAGGUGUGAAAGUACUAACAUCUUACCAUGGUUCUUCAAUUACUGUCUCAUAGCAACUAGCACCUUAUUGAGCACGGUAAUAUCACCUUCCCGUAAGAUGUAAAGGUAUACAAUGUGGAUGAAUCUACGCAUUAACAGUGCUUUCCUAUAGCAUAUAGUGUAUGAUGGUAGUGGUUUGAGUAAAAUGGUAUAUAUUUCUCCGUGCUAUAACUGACCCUUCUAUAUGGAACCACAGUAGCUGUAUAUUGCAGUAUGUCAUGGCUGUUGUAGAACUUUUACAUUGAGACAAAGAAAGGAGUUCUUAAGACUUGAAUGCUCCAGAAUGAAAAGUGAUCUAAGCAUUUUUACAAACUUGAAUAUGAAUUUAGUUGUUGUUUUUUGUAUUAUUUUAUGGUUCUGUAUUUUGGGUGGGGUGAUGGGCAUGUGAAACGAAUGGGGGGGGGGGGGGUGCCUAUUUGGGGAACUGUAGAAGAGUUGAUCAGGAAAAAGGGAAAAAAGAAUCACUCUUCAAAUGUUGCACUUAAAAACUUAGACACGAGAGUAAGAGAGUGUGUGUAUGUUUUAGAGUUGAUAUGUGUAUGCUUAUAUACAUUUAUCAAGGUCUUGACUGUGUGUGUGUAUGUGUGUGAGUGGAUGCGAGCAGUGUGAUGUUUUUUGCAUGUUUGAGUGUGUGUGUGCAUGUGUGUGUGUGUGUGUGUGUGUGUGUGUUUGUGUAUGUGUGUGCUUGGAUAUUCAGCUCAUCUGUUUGCCCAUAUUAUUUGUGUCUGCAUUCAUGUAUGAGUGUGUGUGUGCGUGUGUGUGCGUGUGUGUGUUUGCAUGUGUGGUGUCAAGGUGCAUGAGGUGUGGGUGUGUAUUGAAUGUGCGUGAGUAUUGUUUGGAUGUGCUUGUGUGUGUUUCCAAAGGCUUGUUUGUGCAUGUGCGUAUGUACCAGGAAGAGUGAGUGUAUUGAAUGGGAAAACAACUAAAGCAUUUAUUAGUGUUGGAAACAACAAUUACAAUCAUGUUUACCUUCGACUGGAAUGAAUAAAAAAAGAACUUGAAAAAUAAACUGUAAAAUGAACCAACAAUGACAAAGGUUAUAAUAAUAAUAAUGAUAACUAAAUACUAUUAAUGAUAACAAUAAUAAGCUUAAGAAUCAUACUUUUAACAAAAGUGGUGUGUGUAUUUUUUGUGUCAGAUUUUAUCGGAACAAAAGCUACUGAUACUGAACCAUCCAUUACAGUUGCAACAUUCGUGGAUCAGAAAAAAAGGGACCCAAAACGCACACGUCAGUUCGGCCAGCCCGUCCUCUGUUGCAUUUCUUUCAGAUUCUCUUUUGUCUCUUUUGCUCAACUCCAGACUAAAUUCAGUGCUUUUGUCCAGUCACACAUUGUAAUAUCUCUUGUGUCUGUUCUUUCCAUUACAACAGGUCACCACUGACAGUUGCUGCUUUGUUUGUACAGGGUGUACACAGUGAAUACUGUCACACACGCACACACACACACACACAGCAAACAGAUUGUAAAUUGCCUGUACUUCAUGACGACUUUAUAUCUGUUGUAUUUAAGACUAGCCACAUUAAAGUAAAAGCAUGACACCCCAGGCACCCCCCCCUCCUCCCCUCCACCUCUCUUUCUGCAGCAAACACCUGCAAGCGAUUCAUGUCUCCUCACGUCUCCUGCUCUCUCUCACCUUGUCAGUCUAUCUUUCUGUGCCUGAACUCUCCCUCUGUCGCUUUUGGCUUCUUUAUCUACCUUUCGAUAAUCUCUCAGGCCAACACUCAAGACACAAAGCAAAAGAAUAGAGGUGGGAAAGAACCUCAUAUCAGAUGUUGUCAGGUUCACAUCGGAUGAAUGAUGGGGGUUUGAUUUUUCUUGGUUGUUUUUCAUGAAAUCUUUUGAUGAAACGACAUGGGUGAAGUUCAGUAACUGGUUUGACAAGGUCAUCUUGUUACUGAAAAGUUUCAUAUUUUCUUCAGAUUUCUUCAGCAGUAUGCUAAUGUCAAUGCUUGACCAGGAAUAACCAUUGAUUGAGCUGA